AUAAAUAUAUAUGACGUAUUUUUGUUCCUCCGAAAUUUAGCCCUGUCCCGGAACAAGGCCUAAAGGGCCUGCUUCCGCCACUAAACCUAAUCGUGGUCUCUAAGAUUUUAUUUGCUCGGAUAUCAUUUGGAUGUUUUCCAUCGCUAGUUUUUACUGUGGGGCUCCCUCUUUAUGUAGACUUGGUUUGCUAUAUGAUGAAAAUUCAGAGGGAACCGAUUUACUGUGGGCCUUACUUUCCCUUUUCCCUGCUCUCUUUCUUUUGUCUCCCUCCUUUUUCUUUUCUCACUUCAUAUUGCCCUCUCACCCUUCUUCACAAAACCCACAACACAAAAAACUCUGCUUCAAUCUCAGUAUAGCCACCACUCCUCCUUGUUUCCACAUCAAUCCACCACGUUCAACCCACUUCCAACAAACACAACAGCUAUGACUGAGCUCACGACACCAUCUCCAUCGCCGCCACCACCACCACCUCACAACAAGCCAGCUCCACAACAACAACGCCACCACCACUUCUCCACAACAACACUCCUUCUCCUCUUCUCAGACAUCCACCUCUUACUCUCCACCCUAAUCUCACACCCUCUCUACCUCUCUUAUUUCCUCUUCUUCUCCCCUUCCUUGCUCAAGCUCCUCUCUUUCCUCUCCCCACUCUUCCUCACCACUUCCCUUCUCCUCCUCUCCAUCCUCUUCACUCUCUCCCGCCCAUUAUCUCCCACCCACCAAUCUCUUCAUGAUUUCGAUUACUCUGCCAAAGAGGCCCUGCAGGUCUACAACAUUGUGUUUGAUGUUGGCGAUCAAUUAUUAACAGCACCACAUCAUCAUCAGCUCGAUGGAGCAGCAGCAGCAGAAGAAGAAGCUGUGAAGAAGAAGAAGAAGGGUAACUCUGAUUUGGAACCACCACGGGAAGGAAGCAUCAUGACUUUGGCGACCCUUUUGCACCAAAAGCAGGAGGAAUUGGGAGACAUGCUUUUGCCAGGGAAUCAUGAGGAGAAGGAUGAGGAGGGAAAAGAAGUCAAGGCAGCAGCUCCACCACCAAGGGUAAAGUCGAGUAAAGUUGAAGUGGGGCAACGGGAGGAAGGCUUAUUAGCCGGACCCAAUGAGAAAUCGGGUCUUAAAGCAACAACAGCGACAAGUGGAGGUUUUAAAGAGGCAAACUUGGGGAGUUAUGGGUCGAUGAGGAAGGAGAAAGAGUGGAGGAGGACGCUGGCCUGCAAGCUCUUUGAGGAGAGGCACAAUGCUGACAGCAGUGAAGGGAUGGAUUCGCUUUGGGAGACAUACGAGACAGAGUCGGGGAAUAAUGGCAAUUCUGGUAAAGGUUUAUUGAAGGUGGAGAAAAAGAGCAAGUCUAAGCUAGUGAAGAAGAAGGGGGCGAGCAACAAGAUUGGACACCAUCAUUAUGAUGACAAUGACGAUGAUUGUUAUGAUGUAGCAGGGGAGGAAGAAGAAGAAGAAGAGAUGGGUGGUGGUGAUGGGAGAUUAUGCUGUUUGCAGGCGUUGAAGUUCUCUGCUGGGAAGAUGAAUCUUGGUGGGAUGGGGAAGCCCAAUCUGGUGAAGAUCUCCAAGGCGUUCAAAGGCUUUGGGUGGCUGCAUAAUGUCACUCAUAGUCAUAGGCAUCCCAAGGCAAAAAGGGUACCCUUGAAUUGAAUUGGAUUGAAUUCAAUGUUGGAUCAAUUCAUCCCCAACCCCUCUGUUCUUUCUUUCUUUCUUUCUUUGCUCAAACUUCUGCUCCAAUGCUGAAAUGCUUAGAGACCCAUCUGUAUUUUCCCCUAAUCUUAAUGGUAACCACUAGUAAAUACGGAUGUUCUUGUCUAACAAUGUUCUUAAAGUGUUCUAAAUCAAUUACACCAGUUCUCAGGAUCUGCUUCUCUACUAAAACAAUUACACCAAUUCUCAGUGUAAAAACAAACUGAGAAUUUUGUCACCCCUCGCUCACCAGAAUAGUCUACAAAACAUGUUUUAGCCAUGAUUGAAUCCAGAAACAUUGACCCACACUAUAGUAAAGCUGCGGGUGGCCCUUUCUUAAUCUAGUAGGAGAGUCUCGUGGUUUGUUCACAUGUUCUUGUCAUAUCCGCUGAUUUCUUGGCGUUUAUGGUAGAUAGGAUGCCCUUCCGCACAGGCAUCCAAGGCAGACAGAGUGAGAAUUUGAAGGUCUGAAAGUCGUAGUCUGGUGGAAGGUUCUGAUGCAUCUUUUGACUAAAAGAACUUAGAGAAAUUAUAAGUAACUGGCUAUAAAAAGUGUUGUGUCAACAGGAUUUUUCCUAGUGAAAUUAAGUGGACAGUGGAUGGAAAACAAGCAUUUUUUGCUAUUAGAUCUGCAUUCAGGAGUUUUCAGGUUUGCAAUAAGCAGCAAGGAGCUGCUUGAUCCAUUUGGUGAUGUGGGGAAAGGGAACUGACAAGAAGGAACAGUCCAUUUGAUGACAAUACUGCACCAAAGCAUCCAACAAAACAGGGCAGUUAAAGAAUGAAGGAGAGAAACAAUGUGGUGCGAGGGUUAAAUCCUUCUCAAUUAAGAGAAGCAUUGGAAUUUUUUUUAUUGUUGGAGCAUUUAUAUUCAUGCAAUUGUAAGCAAAUUGCAUAUAUUUUUUUAUUGUCACCUUACAAUUUAUUCAAUUCAACUCAUAUUUAUUUCAUUGUAUUCACAUCAAUACAAUUCACUUGCAAUUAUGUGGUAGAUUAUUUAUUUUAAUAAUAAUAAUAAAUACAUAUAUAAAGGAAGAAAUAAAUAAAUAAUUUUAUUUUUCUAUACCGCUUGCACCUUUGCAAGUGCCUACUAAAUUGGUGCAAUUCUAUUUGCAUUGCAUAUUGAAUACCAUGUAAGAUUUUCAAUUGACCAAAUAUCAUUGAUGUGAUGCUUUUAGCAACUCUAUGUACACUAGGGGUGGCUAUACGGUCCGGUCUGGAAAUUGGCCCAAAUUGAUUCAGUCCCGGUCCGGUCUUUUCGCGAAUAUAAAGACCAAAUAUUGGAUUGAAUACAAUCCAGUCUUGAUCCGGUUCGAUCUUGACCCGAUCCAGUCCCAAUUCAGUCUUGAUUAUAAAUUGAGCUUGUGGGGAUUUGAGUGGCCUGGUGCCUCAAACGGUGAGAAGUUGGUUAAGUUUUGGACGUUGGCUCUCUUAUACGGUUUUCUGUCCGAUCCCGAACAGUUUUUUACCUCAAAUCUAAGUCCAAAUAUGAGAUUGUAUUGUUUGCUAUCCGGUCCCGAUCUAGUCUCGGUCCGGGUUAUACGACCGGUAUCAGGUAAAAUCAAAAAGCCCGAACCAAAUAACCACCCUAAUGUACACAGAUAAACUCAUUUUAUAUUUAAAUUCCUUAAUUAGUCUUCAUAACAUAUAAUGGAUUGGCCUAGCAGUAUUAUUAGUGGUCUUUAACCAGAAGAUUUUAGACUUAAUCUCCUCUCUUGCGACACUAACCUCCUUUAGUAGCAUGUAUCGUCUCUACGUUAUGAGAGGGCGUGUGUUCGUGUCUCCUGUAUGGAGUCUUUGUCCAACCAUGUAUUGGUGUUGUUUCGUACGUUGUUAGCUACUGUUGUGAAGCGGUGUAGGGUUAGAACUUCCUCUAUAUAAUGUACUGGAGAUGUAACCUUAUUGAGUAUUAAUGAGAAGCAAGGUUGUCAUUUACUAAACAACCAUAUAACUGAACCAAAAAGGUAUUAACUAUCAUGACAUUUUUGCUUACGAGUCAAGAUGACUAUUUCAGACAUUUUUUAGUCAUUGUCUCUUUCAGAAAUUGGAUUCUUCAUCAAUUAUACAUCGAUAAUGUCGUCAUGUGAAACUUUGAGAGGAUAAGUAUAUCUAUGAAACUUUACCCCUAGAGAUAUAACCCAAACGUUUCUCUAAGAGUAUUUUUAUUUGGAUAAGGGUGAUAUAAGUUUACUUUUUGUGGUUUAGGUACUAUUAACCUGGACCUCCAAUUUCUCUAAGAGUACUUAAUGAUAAAUAAAACUUUAUUUUAAUCUAAUAAAAUUUAAAAUUUGAUAAAACCCAAAAACAUGUAAUUUAGCCUCUACAUUUUAGGUAUUUUCAGAUCAUUUCAUGGUUCAAUGGUUAGUAUUUCAUCAAAUACAUCCCGAAUCCGCUCCUCGGUGUAAUUUAUGUCAUUUUGGGGUGUAUUAGAUGAUACUUGCUUUUUAAGCAUAAAAGGGGGUCACAAGUGUAGGAAAAGAAGCGAAACAAAGAGAUUGCGACUAAAUGGCGUAGAUCACUGUCGAGAAGAUGAGUUGCGAAGUCAAGCAACAAGAUCGCGACCUUAGGAGCAAAGCACGCGCACGCACCCGCGAUCUGGGGAAUGGCAGUUGUGAACUUGAGAAAGCAGCCACCAAGUAAUGGAUAGGGAGUUUCAAUAGUCGACUCGCAACCUCGACUGUCCAAGACAGCGAGAAGGAUCACAGCCGUGACUUACGGAUCGCGAUCAUGAAGUCAGGCUGCGAACUCUCGAGCUAGCCAAAGCAAAAGAGCUGCCUUUCAAGAUCGCGAACUCACAGCCGUGAUCUCCUAGCCAACAAUCGCGAACUUGUCCGUUCUCCUGAAAUCUAUAAAUAGAAGGCAUCUUUUCCUUUGCAAAGAGAGCUGAAAUUUCUGGUUUUAGAGAGAGAUUAGAGAGAGUAGCUAAAGGAAGGAGAAUAAGAAGGAGGAGCCAAGAAGGAAGAGAUUUCUCAUCCCAUUUAUAGUUUUCUUCCCCAUUCUUUUAUAUUUAUUCUUUCCCUCUUUAUGGGGUAGUUACUAAAGAUACUAGGGGUUUAAUCCCCAAACUCUAGUUUUUAGGUGUUAGUGUGUAGAAGAAAAUUUGUUAGGGUUGGUAAAUGGAAUGAGUUUAUCUAGGAUUUAUAUGCAUUUAUCUAUGUUAAUUAUGCUUGAAUUUGUCUUCCAUAUGCAUUUUAUGAUUGCCAAAUUAGGGUUUGCAUGAGAUGGUUGUGGAUUUGAGUGGUUUGGCAUGUUAGUGUAGAUGAAUGAUCUAGGGGCCUAAUUGGUGGAUGAGGUGACCAUACCCUACCAGUUGGGAUUCCCACCUAGGUAAUGCUAGGGAGAUACGUGCGUGACCAAUUGACGUUACGAACCAAUGUGCAGAUAGAUGCAACAUAUUGAAAGGGAAUAGACUGUAUCCCUAGUUCGUGAACCUGAUCGAGGUGACAUUGGGUCAGCAGAUCGGAUUAGGAGCGGGGCUAGUUGCAUGACCAUUGAGCAGGUCCUCGCAUUAGUGAUUCCCGCACUUCGUUCUUCACAAACCGGCAGAGUUAUCAUUUUGCAUGAUAGGCCUAAUAGCUAGGGUGAGGGUGAUGCCCCGAGUACCUACAUUUUAUCUAUGCUUUCAUAGCCAGUUAUUUCCAUUUGUUCUCCAAACAAACCUAAACCUGAUCGACUAGAUAACGACCGAGUGAGAAGUAGCCUAUGAUAUCGAGAUCCGUUGAAUAUGACCUUGGUCAGCCACUAUACUGACAAUGCCAUAUUAAGUCACUAGAUUCGGGCUCGCUCGUUAGGCGAAUAUGUUUUUUUUACUUUUUUUAUACAACACCUAUCAUUGGGUGGAUAGCCAGAUACAUUGCGUCGAUGGCAUAAACAACAAUAGUCAUUGUUUAGAGCAAGUUAAGUUAUUUGGUAUGAUAAAAAUAUAAUUUAUUAUAGAGUUGUUCGAUAUUCUAACUGCUUCUCUAAUGUAAAGAUGAAAAUAUAUAAUUAAACUCAUUCCAGUGAGUAGACUCCUAAUUAAAAAGGAUAAAUACUAAUUAUUAGUCAAAUUUUUUACGUAUUUUUAAAUAUUAGCUAAAUAUUUCAAUAUAGAAAAUAUUAGUCAAAUGUUAACUUUCAAUUAGCCGUUUUGUUUGCAAUUUUGACUUGACAACAUGAUACUGACUUUGAAGAGACACAUGAAGGUCACAUUCCAAAAGUUUAGUAUUUUAACUAAGAAAAUAGUUAUUAAAUUAUUAAUGGUAACAAAAAAUUGCUAAUAUAUUUAUGCAUUACAAAAGAUUUGACUAAUAUUUUGUGUUUUGAAAGAUUUGGUUAAUAUUAGAAAAAUGCGGUAAAUGUUUGACUAAUAAUUAGUAUAUACCUUUGAAAAACAUAUCAAGUCAAACAAAAACAAAAAUCUCCACCAUCAAUAUUAUCUUUCUUCUUGUCAACAAUGUCAUUAUCUCCAUUUUUAAAUCCCCUACCUUCAAUAUUAGGGUAUGCCUAUGGUGACUUACAAGUCACCGUAACUUGGAGAAAACGGUCGACCUCUUCCAUAAGUUGUCGGCCACUUUUCAAGAAAAUGGUAUACCUCUUCCAUCAAGUGGUCUACCACUUGAGUCAAUCGGUCUACCACUUUCGGAAAUGGGUCGACUUGAUGACACACUUAUAUUCAAGUGGUCAACCUCUUCCACCAAGUGGUUGACCACUUUCCAUGAAAAUGGUCGACCUGAUGACACUAAUUAUCUUUAAGUGGUUGAUCACUUUCCAAGAAAAUGGUUUACCACUUCCACCAAGCGGUCUACCACUUGAGGCAAACGGUCUACCGCUUCUGAUAAUGGGUCGACCUUGUCACACUUACCUUCAACUUACACUUACUUGUUGGAGGAGGUAGACUGCUUUCGCCAAAACAGCCUACUGAUAGACCGAUAAUUACACGUAUUUUCACCCCUAUUCUUGAGCCGUUUGAGAGGUUGACUCUCGGGUUUUAAGCCGAUUUCACGCGAGGUUGUGUGUUUAUGUCAUAUUUCAGGACCCGGCGUUGGAAUCGAGGCGAAGGAACGAGAUUCGGGUCGAAAGGAGCAAGUGAGGCUUGAAGUGGGCUGGAGGAAGAAAAUACCCGGCCAUGACCAACAAUACCCGACCGGGUAUUAUUCUGAGGAGGCCGGGGAUUUUCCAUUUUGGCAUCUGAGAAACAGGGAGGGUCCCGGUCUGGAAGGCAGAAAUCCCCGACCGGGGAUUAUUGGAUGAGACCGGGGAUUUUCCCCUAGCAUGAAACGUGCGUUUCAACUAUACCCGGUCGUGACCCAAAAUACCCGACCGGGUAUUUCGACCGGGUAUCGCGACAGGCAGCUGUUUAAAAGGAAAAGAAGGCCAAAGAUCAAGGGGAAUCGAGUUUUAGAGAGAGAGAUCGAUUCCUAGAGUGAGAAAGUGACGAACAAGAGUUCCCAAGUGCCCUAGCUUGAUCUUCAUCACCAUUGGAGGUCAGUUUGAGUUUGGAGAAGUGCCGAUCAACGUCGAGGAGCAGGAAUCCAUCCUUCACAGUAUGAAUUCCGCGUCUGAUUCUGCUUUUGCUUCUUUCUCCAUGGAGUAGUUCUCCCAUUCAUCUGGGUAUGGAGAACCCUAGAUUUGUAUGUUAGGUUUGAUUGUAUGAACCCAAGUACUGAUUCUAUGAUUUGAUUAUAUUCGAUUGAGGUUUGAAUGAUUGAAUGGCAUGAAUCCUGAUCAAAUUCCUGUUGUUUCUUCUUUAACCUAGAAUGAGAAUAUCUGCCUAGGUUGAUAGAGCAUCCUUGAUUGAAGGUAGGGAGUUGGUGACUUUAGUCGAGGAGCCAACUCACUAUUCUGUACCGAAUUCACUUCGGUAGUGGAGGUUUUGUUCAUAGGGCCUCAAUCUGUUUACUCCGGUGGAGGUUAGUCGCCCGCUAGAGACUCAGAUUGAGAGGGUCUGAAGACCUUUAGUCGAGAUUUCAGGAUGUUUAAGAACCUUCCGUAGUAUAACUAUCAUAGAAACUGAACUUGGUAAUUAUAAUCCGGCUUAACUGCAGUAUAGGGGGAACCAUAUCCGGGUGACCUCUCUUAACCUGAAUACAACCGUUUACUUGCUUUGUUAGUUUGUUAGUUUAGACUUGCAUUAAAGUUUCAUUGCUAGAUAACAAGAAUUCACCGAGUAGUCAUCAAAUCUAGGACCCGGGUUGACAUUUAAACCCAAACCCGCUAUACUACGCUUUAGGAAGUGGUUUCACUUGGCCAAUUCCUAGGGUGACAGUAGAAGUGAGUCACCUACCUAUUCCACAAAAUGGUUUACGUACCUCUUUCAGCGAAUGAUCUCCGCUUCCGACGAACGGUCGACCAGAUGACACAGUAACCUUAUACUUAUAUUAGGAAAAUAAUGGACAAUAGUAACA